AACAUCCUCCCACUAACGCUUUUUCAAAUUUGUGAGGGAAAGUGAGUCCGUGCGGAGCGCGAGUGCGUCCCACAAUGCACUCGCCACUCAGCGGGAAACCAAAAUGGCGAGAGCGAGCGAGCCAAGCCAGCCGUUUACCAUAGUGUAAAAUACUUAAUACGUUAGAUUCAUCUCUCAAAAGCAGCACCAUCUCGAUUUACAGCGGAGCGCCUGCUGACCGUUUAUGGUGUAGUUCGUUGUGUUUGUGAGGCAUUGUAACCCGGGAAAGUGGCCGAAUGAGAGACUCCGCAAGUUUAGAUAACCUGGCCGCCCACCAAAAGUCAACUCCAAAUCACCAACACAAGUCACCGGUGCCUUUGUCACAAUUUCCCGUGAAAGAUGGGCUGACCGACACAGCCAAACUCGCCAGCAAGUUUGAAGAAGGGCAGGAUGUCCUGGCCCGAUGGUCAGAUGGCCUUUUUUACCUGGGAACUAUCUCCAAGAUAGAUAAACAUAAGCAUCGCUGCUUUGUGAUUUUUGAAGAUCAGUCUAAAUCCUGGGUUCUGUGGAAGGACAUUCAGACAGUUGACAGACCUCAGAGUCUCCAGGCUUACACAAACCGUAAGUCCCACAUCGAGCCAGGAGACAAGAAUAGGGAAGGGGACAGUGGUGGGGAAAUGCUCUGCUCUAUAUGCCAGAAUGAAAGCUCCGAGCCCCCCAAUGAAAUAGUCAUCUGUGACAAAUGUGGGCAAGGAUACCAUCAGCUAUGCCAUGCUCCCAUAAUUGACUCCAGUGUCAUUGCCUCUGAUGACAAAUGGCUGUGCAGACAGUGCGUGUUUGCUACAACAACAAAGAGAGGCGGUGCACUGAAGAAAGGGCCAAAUGCCAAAGCCCUACAGGAAAUGAAACAGUCUCUGCCAUACGCCCUUGAAGAUUUAGUGUGGGACCAGGGCCACAAGACCAACAUCCAGCAAUGCUACUGCUACUGUGGAGGGCCUGGCGACUGGUAUCUGAAGAUGUUGCAGUGUAAUAAGUGUAAACAGUGGUUUCAUGAAGCCUGCAUCCAGUGUUUUCAGAAGCCCAUGCUCUUUGGAGACAGGUUCUAUCUAUUUAUUUGUUCAGUUUGUAAUAGUGGACCAGAGUACCUCAAACGUUUGCCUCUGAGAUGGGAAGAUGUUGCACACCUGAGCCUCUAUAACCUGAGUGUAAUUCAUAAAAAGAAAUACUUUGACUCAGAACUCGAGCUGAUGACUUACAUCAAUGAAAACUGGGAUAGGCUUCAACUUGGCGAGCUUGCAGAUACCCCGAGAGCAGAACGAUAUGAAUGCAUUCUGGAAGCACUUAACAGCAACCUCAACAUGUUCAUGUCAGGGAAAGAGAUAAAAAAGAAGAAACACCUGUUUGGAUUACGAAUUCGCUUCCCACCAGCCCCACAGAGUUCUGAGCUCCUGUCAGGUCGAGAACCGGAAAAAGCCUCCCAUGAGAUCAAAAUCAAAGGCAGGAAGGCCACCAAACCCCCUCAUUCAUGCAGCACUGUCAAUAAUGGAGUGAAGAAAGGAAAGAGGAAGCAUCACACGCACUCCUUAGAGACGUUGGCCAAACUGAGAAGAUCAAGUGAACUUUUGGCACAGAAUGAUGGGAAGAUACCAACUCUAGACAACAACUCACUGGACUUGAUGGCUUCAAAAAGUGCUAAAAUUGAAAAAUCUUUGCCUUCAUCAAGUACCUCAGAUGUUGAAUCUGUUGGUGCCACCAGCAACAGUGAAACUACCUCAACCACCCUCUCAAGGCAGUCCAGUUUGGGCAGUCCGAGCGGACCACGCACUGGAUGCUUAUGGCCCACCAUCACACAGCCGCCGAUUAAGAGACGCCGGGGGCGUCCACGGCGAGCACUGCAGCCCCCAAAUCCAGAGAUUCCUCCACCCUGCAACCCGGAGCUGCAACCCAGCAACAACGUUCCCGAGCCCAGCCCCCUCCCCUCCUGCCUCUACAGCGGCAUGGACAUCAUGCAGGGCCUGGACCCCAGCACCCAGCUCAACCAGCUCAAGAGUUCCAUCAGCACUUACUUCGGCGCUGCAGGACGCCUGGCCUGUGGGGAGAAGUACCGUGUGCUCGCUCGCCGUGUCACUAAUGAUGGCAAAGUCCAGUACUUGGUGGAAUGGGAGGGUGUCACUGCCUCCUGAGCUUCAUAUCAGUCUAAUGUAUUUCAUUUCUUGACAGUAAAUGUGUAACCCAUAAUGAGAGAAGGGCAGUGAUUGUGCCCAGAUGUAUGUGGUUGACUCAGGACUAUAAGAAAGAGAUGGGACUUUGUAAAGUUCUGUGUAUGUGACCUGUCUCUGUGGAAAUUGAAAAGGAAUGCCUUCACAUGGACUGGAUUUACACAUUGAAGGUGGCUGUAGUUUCAGGUUUAGGACAUAAUCAAUUCACUACUUUGUGAAAAUAACCCGUGUCCUUGCUUUUUUUUCUCUGAUAUGGAGGUGCCUUAAGGGGAUGUGAAACGGAUACUAUAUAUGCUGCUGGAGACUGAGGAUUUUUGUUUCUGCUUAUUCAUUUAAACAUUUUCUUAUAGCUCGAAUUGCCAAGAGGAGAGAGCGCUAUUGUCAAUAGGGCACUUUUAUUUACAUUUCAACUGAUUGCACAUAAAGCUCUCAUCCUGUACAUCUAGUAUUGUGUCAUCUCACUUUAAACAGCCUAGCUUGUGAAUUUGAUUAUAAAAUGAAAUUGAUGUUAAAAAAAAAACAAUGGGAAAUGGUUCAUUGUUCUCCUGCCGCAAAACAAAAUUAAAAUAUGAGUAGCAUUAAUAUUUACAUAAAAUCUUUGUGUUUGAGACAUUCCACAUUCCCAAGAAGGCUAAUCGAAGGCUUUUUUUUUUUGUUUAUAGUUGUCUCUUUUUUUAUUAUUAUUAUUUUUUUUAUUAUAUAUUAUCUUAAAAACAUAUGACAGCGCUGUAGCGUUAGGAGGUCUUUUGUAUAUCCUCCCUUUAAAACAAUUCAAUAUCUGCCCUGGUAAUUUAAGUUAUAAAGGUUUUUAUUUUUAGUCUAAGCGCGUUUUAUUUUUUAAUUCUGAAUCGGAUGUCUAAUUUGUCUAGUCUUAUCUGUAUACUUUGUUAUACUAUGCAACUAAUUCAACAGACCUGUGUAUAUCGGUUUCUUUAUUUUUAUUUUUAUUUUUUUUGCAGCAUUAGCUUCACGUUACAAUCAGAAAACAGCAGCAAUAUUUUUGUUAUAAUUGACUCAGGCUUUUGUGGUGCUAUUUAUUACUUCUUUUUUUUUUUACAGUGUACACUAACAAAUUGUCAAUUCACAUGAGCACUCAGGUUAAUUUACAACUUGUAGGACAUCCAAAUGAGAUUUUCAGUUCUUAGCUUUGUAUUUUCAUACAUUUCAAAAAUUCUAAAGUUGUAUGAAUUUUUAGGUGGACAUUUUUUUUUUUGACCUGAGAAUGCCCUGUUCUCAAUAAUAUUAUCUAACCACUUGCAGAGGGUGGAAGUAGAAUUGGUAUCAGGCAAGUUUUGGACUUCAACAUUAAUACCUCCUGAUUUUGAUACAAAAAAAAAAAAAAAAAGAUCUAAAUAUUAAACUCUUGUUAUGUUAUGUGUAUGAAGCAUUAUUCAGUUGGUGUACCAGUGUUAGUAAAGCUUGCUUUGUAUUUUCCUGGCUUUGAGCAGGCUCCUUUAGCCAAAGAAUAAAGAUCUGAAACCUUA